CAUAAUUUUGUAACUGGGCAGUGCUUUUGUUGAACACACAGAAAUGAAGUUGUUUAGACUGGAUAAAGAAGGUGAAAGUGAUGAAGGUGGACUGGACAGAGAGAAGUGGAAGAGCUUGUGUAACAUGAGAGGAAAAACUGUGUCUAUAUGAGCCCAAUCUACAGAGAGUAAAAUGAGUCUGAGUCAGUGUCACUAUAUAUCAACUCUAGCUGGAUUUAAACACUCAGUUCAGAUCAGAGGAAGUUCACAACCACAGGAGGAGCUGAUGAUGAUUAAAGGAGGAGCUGUAACUAUAUAAUGAAGAGAGAGACUGACAGAAACAGAAAAUGGCUGAUAAGUGUGAUCUGUGUCUGCUGGGACUGAUCAUUCUCUCUUCACUGCUCACAGGGAUCAGUGGAGUGAUUGAGAAUGUGUUCAUCAGUUCUGGUGAAAAUGUCCGUCUGCCCUGUAAUAAUGCUCUUUCUGACUGCAAAUCAACUACAUGGAUCCAUAAGAGAUUCAGUCAAUCUGAGUAUGUUGGAGUGAUUGUUGGAGGGAUAAAGAAUAAACACACAGAGAGACAUGAGAGACUGAGUCUGGGGUCUGACUGCUCUCUGAACAGAAAGAACGUCACAGAAGAAGAUUCUGGAUUAUACACCUGCAGACAAUAUGUGAAUGGAGAAAAACAAGGAACUGAUGUAGGUGUUUAUCUGCAUGUUCUUCAUGUUUCAGUGUCUCCAUCAUCAUCAUCAUCAUCAUCAUCCUCACAGUCUGAGAUCAGUCCAGGUCGCUCUGUGACUCUCUCCUGUCAGUUGUAUUCAUUUGCUGGACUUUCCUGUGAUCGUUGGGUCCGUUAUGAGGGACUUCAGCUGUUGUGGGUGAAUCAGGCUGGUGUUAAUCUGACGACAGACUCCAGAUAUCAGAUAUCAUCAGAUCACUGUAUCAUCACUCUGACUACAACACUCCUGAAUGAAGAUGACAACAGAGAGUGGAGAUGUCAGCUUACUCUCAGAAAUCAACUCAAGACCUCAGUCAGAUACACAGUCAAGUAUUCAGCAUCAGAAACUGAAGUCAGUGUGACUGCUGGAUCAUUAUUCAGAGUGAUUGUGAUUAUUGUUGAGAUGGCAGUGUUUGCUGCUCCUACUGUGAUUCUUCUUCAGAUCAUCUGUGCAAGAAGAGCUGGGAGGAAGGACUCGCAGCACCCAGAGGAAAUAGAGAUGCCUACAAUAUUACAAUAAAAUACUGCUGCGUUUGGAGACAAUCUGAAACAAGAUUUAAAACAGCAGAAACUCUCAGAGGAUUGUUCAUUGAUUGAUUUUCUUCUUCUCAGAAAACAGAGAAAAAACUCCCUGAAGAAAUAGUGACACCAUCAAGUUUAGAUUCAAAUAUCUUUUACAAAUAAAAGGCCAGAUUUAUGUUCAUUUAUAUGGUUUAUGGAUAUUUUCCUACAGUGUUGAAUGUCAUUUACUUGUGGUUCAUAUAUAAACUGCUUUAAAUAUAAUAUUAAAUACAGUAAUGGACAGACUGUUUGCAAAAUCCACUCUCUGUUCUGUGUGAUGAAGAUGAUUUGGUGAUUCUCAUAUCUUGUCUUUUCAUUCCUGUUUUUGUUCAUUUUGAAUGAUUGCUACUAAUUUUCUUAAUA